AUGUCAGACGGAUAUACGGACACUCCCUUCGAGGACCUUAUUCCCCCUCCGACCCAGAUUGAUGACACGCACAGAGACACUGGCAUAGCGGCCGCCGUGAUAGUCCUCGGGAUUCUGACACAUAUCGUUGUCAUUGCUCGACUAUGCCAAAGAUAUGUGUCCAGGAACAUGGGGGCAGACGAUUAUGCCAUCAUCCCAGCCCUGCUGCUCUACCUUGGCUGGACAGCCAUGGCCGCGUUCUACAAUCUUCACUCGGGACUUGGCAAACCGAUCGGUGACAUCACCUACGGCGAAUUCAUCAACUUCUUCAAGGGAAUCUUCGUAGCGGCGUGGAUGUACCCAGCCAUGACAGCCGCCAUCAGAGUUUCUGUCAUCCUGUUCUACAGGCGCAUCUUCGCCCGAGGAAACACAUUCUACUCCCUUUUCAUAUCCACAAUGCUUGUUCUGCAGGCUGCUUACGUCAUCGUGUUCGAAAUCACGCCGGGUUUCUCGUGCAAACCGAUCCGGGAUGGUUGGAAUCCCAUCUUGCGGCUCACGAGCUGUACCAACUUUUACAUCUACCAGACCGAGGCCCUAUACAGCAUCAGUCUGGCUUUUGACGUGAUAUUGCUCAUAUUUCCUAUAUAUGCCGUCUGGAAGCUCCAAAUGCCGCUCAAGAAGCGUCUCGGAGUUGCUAUAAUAUUUGCGCUGGGUGCCGUAGCAAGCGUUGUGGCCGCCUAUAAACUCGCCAUCUUCAUAUACCAAUCCAACAACUUCUCUGUAGACGACCCAACAUGGUUCACAUACCAGGCGUCUUGGUACAUGUUCCCCCAGUACAACUCGUACGGCCGAACAUUCUGGAUCCCCACCCAGCUCGAGCCAACUGUCGCCCUGAUAGGAACAUCCCUGCCGUCCAUGAUCGGGGUCUACUCGGCGGCAUCCCUCCAGUUCUCCAAGCUACGCAGCAGGCUGACCUCGUCGCGGCGGGGCUCGGGCAGCAGGGACCCCUACGAGCACGAGAACAAGACGGGAAGCAACGUGCGGCUCAGGGCGAUCAACUCCAAGACUGCCAAGUUUCAGCCGCUUGAAGUGUCAGGGCCGGGCCUUCAUCAGCCCAGCCUACCUAGCAUGAGGUCUGAUAAAGUAGGGCAUCGCGAGAACGGCCCGUAA